ACAGAAACUAAAAAAAAUCUCAACAGAAUCUCAGCAGAGUCCAGCAGAGUCCAGCAGAGUCCAUCGGGUCUUUCCUCAACAAAUCUCAGAAUCUCUUCAAAGCGCCGAGUGUGGACAUGUCUGCUGCCAGCUGUCUGCUGACUGAACAUCAGCUUCUGUGCUCCAUCUGUCUGGAUGUGUUCACUGAUCCAGUCAGUGCACCAUGUGGACACAACUUCUGUAAAACCUGCAUCACCGACCACUGGAAUAGUGAUGUCCUGUGUCAGUGCCCCCACUGUAAAAAGGUUUUCAACACGAGGCCUGAGCUGCAGGUCAAUACUUUGAUCUGUGAGGUGGUCGCUCAGUGCAGACGGUCGGCUCGACAGAGAGCCGGCAGCUUCGGCUCAGAGCAGCCGGUGUCCAAACCAGGAGAAGUUCCCUGUGACGUCUGCACCGGAACCAAACCGAAGGCCCCGAAGUCCUGCCCGGUCUGCAUGGCCUCCUACUGUCAGACUCACCUGGAGCCUCACCUGACAAAGUCAGGCCUGAAGAGACAUCGGCUGAUCGACCCUGCGGAGGACCCGGAGGGCGGGAUGUGCAGGAAGCACGAUAAACUGCUGGAGCUGUUCUGUAAGAGCGACCAGACCUGCGUCUGCAUGCUCUGCGCUGUUUUAGACCACAAGAACCACGAUGUCGCUCCUCUGAAGGAAGAAUAUGAGGGAAAGAAGGCCGAGCUGAGGACGACGGACGCUGAAAUUCAGCUGAUGAUCCGGGAGAGGCGACUGAAGAUUGAAGAGAUCAGACGCUCGGUGGAGCUCAGUAAGAGAGACGCAGACAGAGAGGCAGCAGACGGUGUUCAGGUCUUCAGCGCUCUGGAGGAGUCUGUCGAAAGAAGCCAGGCCGAGUUCAUCGACACGAUCAAAGAGAAGCAGAGAAAGACAGAGAAACGGGCUGAAGGCUUCAUCGAAGAGCUGGAGCAGGAAAUCUCUGAGCUGAAGCAGAGGAGCACCAAGGUGGAGCAGCUCUCACAGUCUGAAGACCACCUCCUCCUCCUCCAAAGCUUCCCGUCCCUGAACGCCGCUCCACCCACCAAGGACUGGACAGAAGUCAGCGUCCGCCCGCCUUCAUAUGAGGGGACUGCGAGGAGAGCCGUGAACGAGCUGCAGGAGACGCUCAGUGAACAGACGAAGAAGCUGUCUGAGGUCCUUGAGCUGAAGAGGGUCCAGCGGUUUGCAGCAGAAGUGACGCUUGAUCCUGAUACAGCACAAAACAGACUCAUCCUGUCCGAUGACGGUAAACAAGUUUAUGACAGUGAUGUAAGGAAGAAUCUCCCCGACGGUCCACAGAGGUUUGAUUGCGCUUGCGUGUUAGCGAAGCAGAGUUUCUCUUCAGGAAGAUUUUACUACGAGGUUCAGGUCAAAGGGAAGACUGACUGGGAUUUAGGCGUCGCCAGAGAGUCGGCCAACAGGAAGGGACAAAUCUCACUGAGGCCUCAGAACGGUUACUGGAUGAUGUGGUUAAGGAAUAAAAAUGAGUACAAAGCUCUCGCUGGCCCUUCAGUCCGUCUCUCUCUGAAGUCUCAGCCUGAGAAGGUGGGGGUGUUUGUGGACUAUGAGGGGGGUCUGGUCUCCUUUUAUGACGUUGAUGCUGCAGCUCUUCUCUACUCCUUCACCGACUGCUGCUUCACUGGGAAACUCUGCCCAUACUUCAGUCCCUGUGUCAAUGAUAACGGUAAAAACUCUGCGCCUCUGAUCAUCUCUGCUGUCAAUCAAGCGGAGUAGAACAAGUCGAUUUUCUACGGAAAGAUUCGCCAUAAUUUAAUGUGAGAAAUUCAGAUUUAAUGGUGACGCACACUGUUUAUACAGGGUUGUUUUUUCAUAGUGUGAUCAAUACAUUUAAUCACUUUGCUCGGUCGAGUGUCUGACUGCCAAAAUUCAGACCUUUAG